AUGACGCGGUGUGUAGGUAUUCUGCUUUGGUGCUGCCUCGCUGUCAGUCUGCUGGCGGCGUCCGGCAAUGCCACAAACUCCACUAGCGAAAAGACAAAUACGUGGGCUGUUAUUCUGUCCUCCUCGCGCUACUUCUUCAACCUGCGCCACGCCUCGAAUGCGCUGACGAUGUACCACCUGUGCCGAAAACACGGGAUGGAUGACGACCAUAUACUCCUCUUCCUCAGCGACAGCUACGCGUGUGAUCCGCGGAACCCCUUUCCUGCAACUAUUUACAGCGCCCUCUCCGCCCCGGAUCGUGUUAAUCUGUACAGCUGCGACGUCCAGGUGGAUUACGCUGGCUACGACGUGGACGUGCGCCGCUUUCUCGGUGUGCUGCAGGGUCGCUACGACGUUCACACGCCGCCCUCGCGUCGCCUUGACACGGACGAGAACUCCAACAUUUUGAUAUACGCCGCUGGUCAUGCGGCGGAAGGGUUCUUUAAGUUUCAGGACUCGGAGUUCCUCAGCUCCAUGGAUGUUGCCGACACGCUCAUGAUGAUGUGGGAGCAGCGGCGCUAUCGCAAAGUGGUAUUCCUCGUCGACACGUGCCGUGCGCUGUCCAUGUGCUUAGAAAUCGAAGCGCCGAAUGUUGUGUGCCUCACCUCGUCUGACGCGACGCUGGAGAGCUUCUCCCACCACGUGGAUCCGUCCAUGGGCUUGACGGUAAUCUCACGCUGGUCGUUCGAGGCGCUGCAGCUGCUUGAGCAUGCUAAGUGUGAUGUGGCCCCGCACGAGCGAACGGCGCUGCAGAUGUCAUGGUACGAUUUCAACUACGGCAAGGAGCGUUCAGAGCUGCCGCCGCCGCUGUCAGUGCCGGCGCAUUUUGACGCCGUGAACGAUCCAGGGGCCCUUCGCACUUGGAAGUUGGAGGAGUUUUUCUGCGACCGGGCGCACGAGUUAACCCCCGUAGAUGUGCGUCAUGACUUACUCUGA